AUGGAAGGCCUCCACCUCCGUCCCGUGAAAGGUUCUGUGGCCGAUCCUGGCAGCCAAGUCAGCACACAGCCUCCGGUAGACUCCCCACCGAAGACCUGGCGCUUGCGGGUGGGUAUCUUCAGUGCAUCCAGUCCGGGUCGACCCGAGACGGGCUUCGAAGGUGCCUACUGCACCUGCUCCUUGUGCGGAGAAGACUCUGGAUCUACAGCCGUUGAGCUCUUCCGCACCGGCACGGUUCGGUUCGAUGGACAAGCCAGUUGGAACAUCGAGGAGGAGCUGCUAGACUACCAGCCACCGGACGGCCUGGAAUUCGCCAUCGUGUGCCAAGGCCAAUCCGAAAGAUUGCUGGGCAAGGCCCGGCUGGGCCAUCGGCAGUUCUUCCCGCUCGGCUGCAACACGCGACUGACCUUGUCGCGUAGUGGCGGCGGAAUCCAAGGUACACUUUGGGUGAAGAUCUUGGUCAUGGAGGAUGACGGCCAGCUCGUUUCGGAAGCUUGGCAAGUGCAGCCAAAAGCCACACGCGCUGCAGGUUGUGCCAUCCAGGUGGGGCACGCACGCUGGUCUUCACGUGUCAACAUGCCCGGCAUAUUGAUGCAGCUCAUAACCCCGCCCACAACACAGCUCAAACACUGCAUGCGAGCCGAAAUCCUAGACCCCUUGCACUAUCGCAGUGCUUUGGUGGCCCAAGCAAUCCACUGUGACCACUUGGCGAAAGUGGACAGAAAGAUGGCUUUCUCGCAGCUAGGCAGCUUUGGGAACGCGUUGGUCUCGUCGGAGUUCCUGCUUAGGCAAGUGCGAGGGGCCCUCCUGGAUUCUGUGGCCGCGGUGCCCGCACAAGCCGCAAGCUCCAUGAUGGUUCUCUGUCUGGGCCAGUCGCUGCUCCCUGGCGGUGCCGUGCCGCCGACUUUGCACAAACGUGUCGAGCGAGCGGCUGACCUCCAUCGACGCUUCAACUGCAGAGUCUACGUCUCCGGUGCCGAUGUGGCGAAAUGCGGAGUGCCAGAGGGUGAGGUUAUGCAGGACUUGCUCCUCGCUGCAGGGCUGAGCCCCGACGUGCUGGAUGUGGACGUUCAGGCCAUGAACACCAUCGAGAAUGCCAUCUAUGCAGUGCCGCUGCUGCGAGACCGCAGCAUCAAAACAGCGAUUUUAGUCACCAGCGACUUUCACAGCGCCCGGGCGGCCUUUCUAUUCCAAAGCGUGUUCAGAGCGCAUGGACUCGACGUUUCCUUGUUGACGGAUCCUGCUCCCAGUGGUCUGGAGCCUGGACCUCCAAGGCCCAGGGAGGAGUGGCCCAAGGAGAUCAACAACCUCCGGCUCUCCGAGAGGCUGGAGUUCGAAAGGCAUCUUCUUCUCGGCAAGAUGACGCCCCUAGAAAAGUACGGCAUCAAGUCGGACAAGCAGGACCUGGAGCAAGCCCUGGCUAACCUGAGAGCGAUUGCUUCGUCAUUCCACAGCAAGCUCUGA